AUGUCCUCUUCUCCUCCAAGUGAGAAGAUCCCGAAUAGGAGGCUGAGGAUGAAACUCAUCCUCCACUUCCACAUCCAAUCCGCGAAAGGCAUUCGAUCCUCGCGAACGAGACGCAAACGACUUUUAUUCGUCCUCGAUGUCGACGGGUUUGAUCAGGAGCAACGUAAACAUCGAACGAAAAUCAUAAAGAACACGGAAAACCCUCGUUGGGAAGAACGAGGGAGCAUGGAUUUAGGUUUUAUGAGUAAUACGAAUAGAAACGAGAAGAUACGAAUGUCCGUGUGGGACGUGAAGACGAAAACGAACCACAAGUGUAAAGGCACACGAGCGAUUGCGAUGAAAGAUUUAAUCGGCAGCAUCGAUACGUUUUUUACGAACGAUAAAGAGGAGAAAGAAAAAAAGAACGCGUUAGACGUGGAAUUAGAAGGAUGCACGAGAGGUAUUGGAUCGGUACAAGUGGAAUUGACGUUUACGAAAGAGGCGGUUUUCGUCGCCGAAGAAGAAGAGGACGAGGUGUUCAAGACGCCCAUUUUGAAAGUGAAAGAAGAGGACAAAGGAACUGUCGCGAUUAUUGAAAAGAAGAAGUCUGAGAAGGAGAGCGACGAUGUAGAGGACGAGAACGACUCCGACGACCCGUCUAAAGAGGAACUCUUGCGUGAACGCGUAAAGAAAAUGCAAACGGAAUCGAUGGAGAAGAAGUUGGAGCGCAUGGAAGAUCCGGACAUGUUGACGAAAGAGGAGAGGCGAAUUUUGACGGAAGGCGCGAGCGUGGCGAAGGAUUUAGGCGCGAAGUUGCCGAAAUAUUUCGACGACGUGUCGUCGGCGUCGAGGGGUAACGGUCUGUCCCGCGACGCGGAAGAGGAAAAGGUUGAGGAAGAGGACGAGUGGGAGAACGCGCUGCCGACAAAGAAGAAAAAUCCAAAGAAGAGCGAAGCAGUAUCGAUGUCACCGGUGAAGAAAGUUGUGAGUGGUAAUGAUUCGUUACGAAAAUUGGAAGUCGUCGAUGCGUCUAUCGAUCUCCUCGAACAGCAGCAGCCGUCGUCGCCGACUGUGAUUCCAGAACGAAAAGAUGUCGCGACAUCUUCAUCGAAUAUUUUACCGACAACAGACGAGAAAAAGAGUAACGCAAUGAACGAACUGCGGAGGAAACAGUCCAGCGAACGCAUUCACGCGCGCGCUGUUGCCGCUCGAGAGGCGUUGAGACAGUCCAAGUCGUCGCAAAUCAACGAUGAGUUGGACGAGUUAUACGAACGCGUCGUCGUUUCUCCUUCUUCCGGCGGAGGAAAAGAGAACACGACGCAUCGAGGGACGGCAUCGUCCUCGGAGGGUGUCACUGUCAAAAAGGCUACAUCUCUACAUUUGUCCUCUUCCUCUGAAGAAGGAGAAGAAGAAGAAGAAGAAGAAGAACCCGUCGUUUUCAUUUCCUACGCGGAAAAACCAAAACCGAUGACUCUGGCCGAAGCGGAGAUGUUUCGAGACGCCAAGAAAGUCUCGCAGUUGAUGCAAAGAGCCGAAAGCGCUUUCACGAAGUGGAUGUGA